CCGUUGUCCAUCCGUGCAUGGUUGAAUGGGAACGUCCACCAAGCAAGAUAGCGUCGGCGCGGACGGGUCGGGAAAACAGGAUGGGAGUGGCAAGGUGGUCAAAAGCUCUUCGUCCCAGCGACUCCUCCAUGCGGCCACUGACGGACCCAUCAAAGUCCUUCGCAGCAUGGCGGAGAGACCGUCGAUGAUCCUUCGCCGCGUCGGGAGCGACAAGAAGCUGCCUUCGACAAGUGCUGCUCCAGCGUCCACCAGUAGCCACGAUCGGAAAAAGUCGGGACGAGGGAACACCCGAGUGUUGCCGUUUGCCCCCGAACGACUGAGUAUCAUCAACAGCAUGCACAACCUCGAGACCGCCCAAUCCUUUCCCCAAACCGGAACCUCCAUGAAACAAGGCACGACCGCCACGGCGGGAGUCCUCGUGGCGUCGGCGAAGUUACACAGUCAGCUCGCACGAGUUCGCGAGCGCGAGGCCGAGUCCAGUUUUCGCAAGCACAUGGAAGCUCAAUUGCACGCAAAAGCUGCUGCCAGGCAUCAAAAUGUCCUGACGCAAUACAAGAUACGAGAGCUGCACAAACCCAAGGCGGAAGACGACGACAUGACGAACUCAUGUGGCGUCAAGUCAACCUACUUGAUCAAGCCCUCGUCCACGUGGUUCAAGUCGUGGCAGCUUAUUGGCCUCGUCAUUGCCGUUGUCGAAGCGUACUGGAUCCCGUUUUCCCUCGCGUUUGUCAGCGCCAAGGACAGAGCGAGUCCGACUCACGACAUGUUUUCCAUUGCGUCGAGCGUGUUCUUCGCCGUCGACAUCCUGUUUCGAUGCAAUACGAUCACGCGGGACCCGCACGACCCGUCCAAGUACGUCAUGAAGCGGUCGCGGCUCGUCAAACAGUACCUCACGGGAUGGUUUAUCGUCGACAUGGUGUCGACGGUCCCGUUCGACCUCGUCGUGUACAACUUGGUCGGCCCGGACAAGUACCAAGACUUUCACGUGCUGGGACUGCUGCGUGAAGGGCGGUUGCCGCGGCUCCUGCGCCUCAUCCACAUGAGCACGAUCCUUCGAUUGCUGCGUGUGAGUCCCGAGUGGCUCGAGUGGCUGAACUACUCGCGGUACUCGCACUUGAUUCGGCUCGUGUCUCUGAUUGUGUUUUACCUGACCCUCACGCAUCUUGUCGCGUGUGUGUGGGGCGGGUUCAUCGCCAAGCCAGACUGGCUCAUGGAGAUCGUUCCCGAGUCAGACGCCACGACCGUGUACGACCUGUACGUGAUCAGCGUGUACAUUUCGCUCAUGGCGAUGCUCGGGCAAAGCCUUCCGAUCCGAUCGACGCGGUACUUUUUGUUUUCGUCCGUGGCAACUAUUCUCGGGCAGCUCGUCCUCGCGAUCGUGUUUGGGAACGUUGCCGACUUGCUCGCCAACUUUUACGAAAACAACAACACGUACAAGCGCAAGAUCGAGUCCCUCUUUACCAGCAUGGACUUGAUGAAGCUACCGCCGCAGCUCCAGCACCGCAUCAACGAGUACUACCAAGCGAUGUGGACCAAGUACGGGACGCUCGACGGCACGACAAACCAGUUUAUGCGCGAGCUGUCCACGAAUCUUGCAAAAGAAGUCGAACUCUUCCUUCGCAUGGACAUGAUCAACCGCGCGCCGUUCUUCUACGGGUGCUCGAAAAAGUUUGUCGAAGCGAUCGUGAUGUGUUUGGAAUUGAACGUGUAUUUGGCGGGCGACUACAUUGUCGUGCGGGGCGAGGUCGGCCACGACAUGUACUUUGUCCAGAGCGGCACAUGCGAAGUGACGAAAGGAAUCGACUGCGACCGCGUGGGGUCGUCGGUCACUACAGAGUCGGCCGCCGACGGCCUCCAUCCUGACGAGAUCGUGCUCAAGACGCUCACCCAAGGCGACUACUUUGGUACGCCUCUCUCUCUCGGCAAUGGCCUCUGACGACCACGGCGACCGCUUGCAGGCGAACUCUCGCUGCUCAUGAACUGCAAACGCACGGCGAAUGUCCGUGCCCGGUCGUUUGCUGAGCUGUGCGUGCUGUCUCGCACCAUCUUUGACCAGAUCUCCGACAUGUACGUGGAGGACCGCGUGUCGAUUGAAUCGUUCAUCUUCGGCAAGUACGACCCCGCGUUGGUGCACGAAGUCCUGCGGCAGCAAGCGGCUCACGAGGCAGCGGCCGCCGCCAAAGAGAAUCAAGACCGCAUCACAUCCAACUUUCAAAAGGUGUUUGAUCACCUCGGCGCCAUGGAGGCCCGGUUGAUGGCCAUGCACAACUGGCAAGUUGAGAUGUCCUCCACGAUGCCCAAGCCGUCGCAGGGCGACAGCAGCGCUGCGACGACGACAACAAGCACGGCGUUCCUGCCACGAUCGUCCAUGACGCGACCCACGCCAUAUGCACUCGCCGACGAAUCGUUGAUGUUUCUGUCCGGUGUCCAAGAAGAGUGAGGCAAACGUCCGUGAGCAGACAAUAUUUAAGCAGAAGGGUCUGGCGUGAAUCGAAGGUACCCCUUGCCGGACGGCAAGGCGACCGUGUUGAAUCCCUUCGGAAACGUUUCCACGGCCUCUUGGUCCGACACUGUCGGGACGAUGCAUGCCUUCUCGCCCUUGACCCAGUUCACGGGAGUCGCAAGGGAUUGGUACGACGUGAGCUGGAGGGAGUCGACGACACGAAGGAUCUCGACAAAGUUGCGGCCAGUCGAGGCAGGGUAGGUCAACGUGAGCUUGAUUGCGAGAUCGGGGCCGAGCACAAAGACGGAGCGAACAGUCAGAGGCAGACCGGUCUUGUCCAGAUCGUCGGAGGACAGCAUGCCGAGCUCGACAGCGAUCGCACGAUUCUUAUCGGCGAUGAUGGGAUACUUCACAUCUUCGCCAGAGUACGCCUUGAUGUCUUCGAUCCAGCGCUUGUGGCUGUCGACGUCGUUGCAAGACAAUCCAAUGACCUUGACAUUGCGGCGGCUAAAUUCUCCCAUGUUGUCUAUGCGUGCCAACUCGCCGAGCUCCGUUGUGCAAAUUGGGGUAAAGUCGUCGGGGUGCGAGAACAGGAUGCCCCAGCUGCCGUUGAAGUACUCCUUGAGGGAGAGCGCGCCGUGGGUGGACUCAAAGUGGAAGUCUUCGAUCUUGUCGCCAAGCGUGAUGCCACGUUUGUUGGUGAUGAUCCGAGCUGCUGCCAUCGUGACGGGAAGUGGAAUUGUACGUCCGGAGAUCGGCGGCGAUGGAACAUAACGAUAUUCAAUUGGGUGUUAAGUUCUC